AAUCAGUUUGACAUUGACAUUAAUAUUUAUUUUUUAUUGGUUAUGUUAUUAAAGCCGCGUAAGUGAAAGAAAUAAUUAAUAUUUAGUUGUUUACAAGAAGUAACAUUACAAUGGAAGAUUUUACAUGUCCACGAUGCCGAACUUCCAAAUUCCAAAACCCUUCAAUGAAAAUGAUGGUGAAUGUUUGCGGCCACGGAUUAUGUGAGAGUUGUGUAGAUUUGCUUUUUCUCAAAGGGUCAGGCUCCUGCCCAGAAUGUAAGAUCCCACUACGAAGAAUAAACUUUAGAGUGCAGUUGUUCGAAGACUCAACAGUGGAAAAGGAAGUAGAUAUAAGAAAACGGGUCUUAAAAGACUUUAAUAAGAAAGAGGAGGACUUUCAAAGUCUGCAAGAUUACAAUGAUUAUUUAGAAGAAAUUGAAACCAUUAUUUAUAAUUUAUCAAAUGAUAUUGAUAUCGUAAAUACAAAUAAAAAGAUAGAACAAUACAAGAGGGAUAACAAAGAACAGAUUCUAAAAAGCAAAGGUAAGCUAGGUAGGGAAGAGUAUGAAUUAGAAGAAAUGUUGGAACUAGAAAAGCAAAUGGAAGAAGAACGUAAAAAAGAAAUGCACUUAGAAGAAAUAGAAACGAAGAAGAAGAAAAUAAGAGAGAAAGAAGCACUUAUUGAUGAAUUGAUGUUUUCCAAUGCAGAUGCCAAAAAUAUACUUAACACAUUUGCUCAGCAAGCUCAACAGGCAAAAGAAGAAGAAGUCAAGAAAGUUCCACAAAAGGUCACACAGUUUUCAACUGGAAUUCAAUUUGGACGCCAAAAUCAAACCACCUUUUUGCCAGUACCUACAGAUGAAGGUCCGCUUUACACAUACCAACCCAUCACAUUCCCUGUGGAUGGGCCAGAACCACCAAGCGAAACUGAUAUUGUAGACAAACGUUUCUUAAAUCAUGUUAGAGCAGAGACUGAACAAGAAAGAGCUGGAGGCUUUAAGUCAAACAUUGCUUGUUUAAGGGCACUACAGGAUGCCAUGAUGGGUCUUUUUCAUACCAAAAAAUCAGUUGUAUGUUGACUUAAAUAUUAUUUAUUUUCAAUAAAGUUUUGAUAGUUUUUGUUAA